GUAAAUCAAUAGACCAUUUAUCUGUGCAAGUGUUAUUAUUUCAAUCUCGCGCUUGUACGUGAUAUGAAAUAAAGUGACCCUUUUGAACUCGUGGGUUUCUAUGGGACUAUUCCCCUGAGAGCAAGCUAAUUAUUAAAAUAGUGGACGUUCUGACAGCGGGGUAUUUGACAGUGGACGUUAUGACAGUAUAGUGUAUGACAGUGAGCUAUAUAACAGUGGAUAUUAUGACAGUGGGUGUUAUGCAAAUGGACGACGCCAUGACAGUCGGAUGUAUGAAAGUUGGUGUUAUGACAACGGGCGCCAUGCAAGUGGGCGCUAUGGCAGUGGGACGUAAAACAGUGGACGUUAUGAUGAUAAAAUGUAAGAAGCACCUACAUACCAAAUCAAGAUACCGUUAAAGAAGUCUGCUGAUUCAAAAUGACCGCCACACGCACCGUCAGAUUCGCAGACGACAUCGACGAAAUCUGUGAAAUUAACGAAAUAAUUGAAAUCCAGCCGAAAUUUAGCGGUAGAAUAACAAUGGCAGAAAAUGGCUCGGUGUCUAAUCGUCCGUCUGCGUUUGAAGAAAUCGUCCAGUUCACGGAACCGUCAGAACCUUUAGACGAAAAUGAAAUAGACACAUCUCCCCGCCUGAGUGAAAACACCAGCGUUAAGUUCGACUACAACGAGGAGCAUUCGAAUGGGUUUAAAAUCAACUUUGGCAAAAAGUUCGGAACGAAAGGCAGUGGUUACGGCCAGCUUCAGGAUGCAACGGAUGUAGUGUCGCUGUCUCACGGAAAUAUUCUAGUCUCCGAUAUGGUGAAUAGCAAGUUGCAGGUGUUUAACGAGAGAGGGUCUCCGACAGUGGCUUACGUCCUCGAUGAGUUGAUAGAACCUCGUGGUAUUAUUACCACUUCCGAGGGUUACAUCGCCGCAACGUCACGUAAAAUAAAAGCCGUAACGAUACUUUCGCCGGACGGACGACUCGUCGGAACGUUUGGACAGAAUAUUUUAAGCGGACCGAGUGGAAUCGAUGUGGAUUGUAGGGGGAAUUUCAUCAUAUCGGACAUAGUUACCAACCGAGUGUCGGUGGUGGACAAAAAUGGAAACUUCAUACAGCACGUGGGUAAGAAUCAAAGCUUUAAUCAACCACGUUACGUCACGGUUUCCAAAAAUGGGGAGAUAAUUGUGAGUGAUUCUGGAAAUAACUGCUUGAAGAUAUUCGAUUCAAAUGGACUGUUCAUUCGACAGAUUGGUAAGUUUGGAAAGAACGAUGGAUGUCUGAAAGUGCCUUAUGCGACAAGUACGGAUAGUUUCGGGAAUAUUCUUGUGUCGGAUCAUUACAAUGACAGGGUGUCUGUGUUUUCGUCCACUGGGAGAUUCCUACGCCAUAUUGUGACGUCUGCUCAUGGAAUUAGCCACCCGGCAGGACUGGCUUUAUCAUCAGAUAUGGUUCUGUAUGUCACUCACGGUGGACUCAAAGCCAAUCAAGUAGCUGCAUUUGAGUUAAAUUUUGAUGGACUACCUUGCAAUGUGGUGGCUUACGUUUGAUGGUGUUUUUUGUCUUAUAACGAUUUAAAGAAAUGAGAUUUUUUACUUCCUUUAUUGCAUAACAUCUCUUUCUCGUGGAUUAUUACCUCUUUUCAACAAACGCUACUUUCAUUUUCCGAACCUGUGUAAAACUAAAAUGGUGUGCUCGUUUGUCCGCAAGAAACGCCUGACGUAGUGUACGACUCGAAAAUUACUCGUGGACAUUACCCUUUUUCAACAUCUACUUUCAUUUUCCGAAACUGUGUAAAACUAAAAUGGUGUGCUCCCAGGAACGUCUGACGGAAUUACAAACAAGUGACAUGGAAUCGAAUCAUACCACAGUUCAACCAUUCCUUAUAACCGAAGAAGAAUCGUGACUCGAACAAUUUAGCGGAUUCAGUUGUGAUGGCAGAAAUAGCUUUUUAGUUACCCCAUGCGGAGUCCCCGGAAAUCUUCGUUUCUUUUUACUUGAUUGUCACAUUGAGAUCGAAAGAAAUCAAUUCCAGAAUGUUCAAAGCAAAUCCAUAUAUUAUAGCGAUUCCUGGUCAACGAGUGUCUGAUUUGUAAUUUGGUAAUCUAAGGCCCAUUUCCCAUGUACGCGUUUCCGCGUGUUACAUUUACCACAGGAGUUUGACCUUCUAUCCAUGCGCAUAUCAUCAUACCCAACUAGACAAUAUUAUAAUAUAUAUAUAAAAAAAGAACUCAUAUCACAAAAAAUGUAUCGACAUUUGAUGAUAUACCGUUCUUUAUGCUAAAUUGUCAUCUUUAGUUGAAAAUUGUAGCGUUUUUGUUUCAAAAAUGCCCCUCAAAAUUCUAUUUCCAAGCAAGUUUGGAAAUUGUAACCAUGGGACAUAACUCGUGUAUUGCACGAAAUCUGCUUGCUUCGAAAUUGCAUUUUGAGGGGCAUUUUUGAAACAAAAACGCUACAAUUUUCAACUAAAGAUGACAAUUUAGCAUAAAGAACGUUAUUUUCAACUAAAAAUGGCAUUAAAUGUUGAACGAGGAAUUAUUAACUUAUAGAAUCCAAUCGAUAAUUUUAUUGUUUACCCAAAUUAAGGAUUGACUGUCAUUUUAAACUAAAUCUAAAUCUAUGCCUUGUGAUAUUAUAUAAAAAUAUAAAACUUCAUAUAUAUUAUUAAUACAGUAUUACUAUUUAUAUCAAAAUAAUGUAUACACAUAAUCAUAUCAUUUCACCAAUU